UCUGCCAGUAGAGUAAAUCAUGAUAAAGCAAAUUUGUUAAUCGCGCUAAGUAAAUUGGCAAAUAUCUUUUUUUUAAUUAUAUGCCAGCAAUAAAUUUUUGUCAGUGUAUUUUAGUAGUGCUUCAUUCAGUAUCGUUCUCUUUUUAACCUACAGUUUAGAACUGUUGAGUGUAAUAAUUUAUACAUCUACUCGAAUUGUUUCAUCAUUUUUCACAACAAAUAUGAAAUUAUUUAUAGAAAAAUCAUUACAAAAAAAUGACGGCAGCCACUUGACGCAAUAUCUAGCAGCUAUUUCAGCUUCUUUGACAUUUUUUAUGUUUGGUGGAUACCAAGGAUGGACUGCCCCCUCCUUAGUUAAACUUCUCUCUGACGAAUAUCCCAUACCAAUUAGCCAAGAAGAUGCAUCUAUCGUAGCGACCAUUGGUUGUCUAGGCCAUGUAAUUGGUGGCUUCCUAGGUUCAUCUUUGUCAGAUUUAAUUGGUAGAAAAACUACUAUUAUGAGUAUUGGUAUACCUCAAAUCAUUUCACCGACUUUAGUAUAUUUUUCCGAUUCAUCCAAAUAUAUGUUGUACGCUGCAAGAAUAGUUGGUGGAAUAGGAGAAGGAGCUAAUAUAGCAAUUGUAGGAAGCUACAUAGCUGAAAUAGUGGUGCCAAAAGUACGCGGCAUAUUAGGAGGCUUUACUACAAUUUUUAUUUGUUUAGGAAUGCUCACAGUUAACGUCACUGGAUCAUAUUUGACAAUAAAAGAAACAUCUUUAGUAAUGGCUUUAUUUCCGGUAAUAUUCUGGAUAUGCUUUAUGUUUAUGCCCGAAAGUCCAUAUUAUUACUUGAUGAAGAAUAAACCUGAAAAAGCUAAGGAAUCGUUAAAGAUUUUAAGGAGAAAGCACGACAUUGAAAAAGAAUUUGACCAAUUAACGUUAGAUGUUCAAAGACAGAUGUUGGCAAGAGGUGGUUUCAGAGAUUUGUUCUGUAUUCCUAUAAAUCGACAAGUUUUAAUAUUGGUCACACUGCUAAGAUUCUUUCAAUUCUAUACUGGCUAUAUGGCUUUCACAGCCUACAUGCAACUAAUGAUAGUCCAGACCACAAACUUAAGCCCUGUAUUUGGAUCCUCUUUGCUUUUUUUAGCUGGAAUUCUUGUCAUGAUCCCAGGCUUAUUUUAUAUCGACAAAAUCGGAAGAAGAACACUAUUUCUUAUAUCGAUGGUAUUGUGUUUUGCAGCUCUGAUUUCAAUGGCUGUAUUUUUAACUAUUCGAGACUACAGUACUAUAGAUUUGUCAUCUGUGUCAUAUAUGCCAUUGAUAUUUGUUACAUUGUACAACAUAUUCUUCUGUGGUGGUUUAGGAUUAGGCGUUAACAUUUAUAUUGCAGAGGUAUAUCCUGCAAACAUCAAGGCAAGUGGUCUGGCAAUUGCAAGCAUAGUGUAUGCUUUCACUGUCACGAGCAGCACUAAAAUAUAUCAGUUCACUGCCGAUUAUGUAGGUGCAUCAGUACCAUUUUAUAUCUUUGCUGGUACUACUGUUCUUGGAGUUAUAUACAUUUAUUGUUUUGUCCCUGAGACAAAAGGAAAAACUUUAGGAAUGAUACAAAAUGAACUGAGAAAUAGACGAAAGUGAUCUGUAGUGUGAAUGUAAAGAAACUUUUAGUUUAAGAUAUUUAUUUGAAAAAAAAAAAUAAGAAGUCUGUGAUACAUGCAUUGACUACAUCUUUUAAUUUUAGUUAUAAAAAGAGAACGAAUAUUAAAAUGUGAUGACAGAUGCAAAAUUUUGAGAAAUGAUGGGUAUGGAUAAUAAUACAGAUCUCAAAACAUAACUUUAGAUUAUGGAAAGAAGUUAGAUUUUUUUUAAAUAUUUGACUGUUAUACAGGGUGAGUCUUAAAUAAGUACAAAUAUUUUUAAAUAAUAAUAGCUCCCGUAUAUAGCGUUUAACGCCUUGGGAGUAGCAAGGUACAGCUUGCCAUACUAGAGCCGUUCGGUAUACAAGGAAGGUAAUGUAGCUAAGCGUAUGCUAGCACUAUGCUUCAACCGCCUAUUAUUACCUUAGGAUUGUGAAUCCCAAGUACUCAUUUAAGGCUGAGUCGACCUAGGUACCCAAACUAUUUUUAUUGUAAUAAAAAUAGUCGGCUGAUGA